CAAAACGACUGGGUAGAACUCCUCCCCGUCGCACAACUCGCUUACAACAGCACGGAAUCAGAAUCAACUGGGAAAUUACCGUUCUUCCUAAACUAUGGAUUCGAACCCGAAGCCUACCGACCGCCAAGGCAAGGGGAAGAUGUCGAAAAAGCCAUAAUCAAGGCAGAAGACAUAAUCGAAUUACACGACGAACUGCGACGACAACUUGAAUUCGUCCGACAAAGGAUGAUCAAAUACGCAGACAAAAACAGG